UAUUGAGGAACGUUCAAACAUUGGCGGGAAUCGUUCUAGAGUACGCUAGUGUGUGUAAUGUUGCGUUGCAGAGGUUUCUGACCGUUUCCUGCCAUUUCGAUUUUUGAUGCAAACAAAUUGUGUGUUAAAUCAAACAUGGGAUUCCAAAACAUUUGGUACUCACAUCCACGCAAAUAUGGACAAGGAUCUAGAUCUUGUCGUGCUUGUGCGAACAGGCAUGGUUUGAUAAGAAAAUAUGGAUUAAACAUUUGUAGGCAGUGCUUCAGGGAAUAUGCUGCCGAUAUUGGCUUCAAAAAGGUAUAAAAUUUGAAUUCUUCUAUGUCUACAGAUAUAUUUCUAAUAUAUAUAACAAUUAAAUAUUAUAUCUAAA